AAGAGCCGUGCCUCUCCUUCCUGGUGGGAAUCCCCGAUCACAACAACAACGUGCUGCAGACGACCAUCAAAAUAUUUGGGCUUUUUUCUUUGGAUCUCCUCCGGCUUGUCUCACACCCGCGACUCGUGCCUCCUCGGACGGCGGCAGGGGGAAGCUCAAGGCACCCACGUGUUCCCGAUUCUUCUCCCCUCCGGUGAAGCGGACACCGGAGAGCCGCCGGUUACCACGCGUUCCUGCAGCUCGGCUUCUCCGUCAUUUCCUCUCUGCGGCUGAAGACGGGAGCUAGAUGAUGGAUGAGCAAGGUAUGGACGGCAUGCAGAUCCUUCCCGGGAGCCAGGACUCCUUCAGUGAGCUGUGGGCUUCUGUACAAACUCCCUCCAUCGCCACCAUCGUGGAGGCAUUUGAUGAUCAUCUGGGCAACUGGAGGCAAAAUGACCAGAUUGACAAUUUGCUGCCAGAUGGGUUUGAUAUGAAUCUGUUUGAGCUGCCCCCAGAGACGGUGGCCAAAGACAGUGUUACUCCCCCAUCCUCCACCGUCCCAGUCGUUACCGACUAUCCGGGGGAAUACGGCUUCCAGCUUCGCUUCCAGAAGUCCGGCACAGCCAAAUCUGUCACCUCCACUUUUUCGGAGCUUCUCAAAAAGCUGUAUUGCCAGCUGGCUAAAACCAGCCCUGUGGAGGUGUUGCUGAGCAAGGAGCCUCCUCAGGGGGCUGUGCUCAGAGCCACAGCAGUCUACAAGAAGACUGAGCAUGUGGCCGAUGUGGUCCGUAGAUGUCCCCAUCACCAGACUGAGGACACUGCAGAGCACCGCAGCCAUCUGAUCCGACUGGAGGGCAGCCAGAGGGCUCUGUAUUUCGAAGAUCCGCACACAAAGAGGCAGAGUGUGACCGUCCCUUACGAACCCCCCCAGCUGGGCUCAGAGACCACGGCCAUCCUGCUGAGCUUCAUGUGCAACAGCUCAUGCAUGGGGGGGAUGAACCGCAGACAGAUCCUCACCAUCCUGACCCUCGAGACACCAGACGGUCUGGUGCUGGGCCGGAGAUGCUUCGAGGUGCGUGUCUGUGCAUGUCCAGGCAGGGACCGUAAAACCGACGAGGAGAGCAGCACCAAGACACCAAACGGCCCCAAGCAGACCAAGAAGCGUAAACAAGCUCCGAGUAACUCUGCUCCACACACGACCACGGUGAUGAAAUCCAAGUCCUCCUCCAGCGCAGAGGAAGAAGACAAGGAGGUCUUUACUGUUCUGGUUAAAGGAAGAGAGCGGUACGAAAUAAUCAAAAAAAUCAAUGAGGCUUUUGAGGGGGCGGCGGAGAAAGAAAAAGCCAAGAACAAAGUCUCUGUUAAGCAGGAGCUCCCUGUGCCCUCCAGCGGGAAGAGACUGGUCCAGAGGGGAGAGCGGAGCGACAGUGACUGAGAAGCUCGAUGCCUCGAAUCAUGACGACAAACGUCUUCUCUUAAUCCUUCACAGCCUUCAGGUUUAAAUCAGGUUAUUCACUCAUCAUCGGAAACUCCAAAAUCACCUCCUGCCUCCCUAUGCCAGAAAACUUGAGCUGAUAACUGUACUGCCUGACCACGUACUGUACUGUAAAGCACGGCUCUCACUCUACGAUAGGGCACUGGAUUCAAUCAGUGUUAAAUUUGGGGUGGGAUUUUAAUUCUAGUUUUAUCGACUCUUUUUAAAAUGUGUCAUUCCUGUUGGCAUUAAUUAUGCAUUCCUCUUUUUUUUUUUGUCUGAUUUAAUUGGUUAAAAACCCAAAGAGAUAAUUUCUUGUUUUUUUCUUUGUUUGGUCACCGGUUUUGUCAAAGUAUUAAUUAUGAUCAAGUGCGUUUUCAAACCCGAAAGUCCGAACCAAGGUUAAGGUUCUUUUGUGACAUUGUUUACAUUCGAUGUUUGGUUCUCAAAUUGAAUUUCAGGGAGCGCACAAAAGACGUUUGCAUUACCUUCAUGUUUCCUGGGCCGUGUCCUCUUAUCCGUGACAUUGAUUUGGUUUUUGGAAAAGGUCGGUAUGAAAAAGGGUCUUUCCGUUUGAAUGGAUGAAAUGAAUGUACUGGUUCACUUAGUUACUUUUGUGCCACUUUAAUAUUACAAUGCUAUUACAAGCAGCAAAAUUAACAUCAAGCAAUCCUGCAAACUGCUUCUGCUUCAUUUUCUUUUUCUGUAGUUUUCUGUUCCUUCCUGCAAUUCUUUUCUGCAAGUCCGAACUAUCCAAAGAAAGUUAGUCUGGUCUAAAUUUCCCCCGAGGCCACUUCCACACGUGUUGAAUUGGUUUGAACUGUUUUUUUUAUACAGACCUGAACCAAACCUCAAGCUUAAUGCACAGUUAUGCCUGGAAAUUAACAAAGAUUGAUAGACUAGAUUUUUAGUCCGUUUGUGUUUUGAUUGUUAAAGAACAGCUUGUUUUCAGAGACGACACAAUGAUUUCUGUUCAGAUGAACACUGUUAGUUGGAUGAGGGGCUGGCUGGAUCAUCCCCGAAAACCUAAACACAUCUCUUUAGUACCUGUGAGGUUUUUAUACUCAACAAAAUUACCCCUUGGGGGAAAUUAGAGGAUUUGCACCCAUGCAGGUACAUUUUUGUUUUUUAAUGUUUGGUAACAAUCCCACUCAGAUACAAAAUAACUUCAGGAAGUUCGUUAAAUGUUUUCUUCCAUCCACAAGUUCUAUCAGCCCUUGAGUUCAACCAAUCACUGUCCAUGAAUAAAACCACUCUUUCACACUGCCAUUACUUGUCCAUGAGGCAUUGCCCUCUUUUUUUAUUGUGUUUGUUUCUUUUAUAGAUUAUUUUGGGAACUUAGUUUUGUAUAAGAGGUUUUAUCUUUCUACUGUUUAGUUUUCAUGUUUUUGUACCGUUUUCCAUUUUGUUAGUCGAAGCUUUAAUCUGAAAUAAACGCUUAACGUCA